AUGGUUCCUCCAACAGGUGUUCCUCAUAAUUUAAGAGAAGCUCGUCUCUCUGAUGCUCGCACUGUUGAUACCCCUCUUGAGCUUAAUGCCAGCUAUUCUUCAUCUGAUGGUGUCGCCUUGUCAGAUCCCUCUCUAUAUCGCACUCUGGUUGGUAGCUUAGUGUACCUUACUAUCACCAGGCCAGACAUCGCUUAUGCAGUUCACAUUGUCAGUCAGUUUGUUGCAUCUCCCACUACCGUUCAUUGGGUAGCUGUGCUUUGUAUUCUUCGAUAUCUUCGGGGAACUCAAUUUCAGAGUCUGCUUUUUCCAUCUACGUCUACUUUAGAUUUACGUGCCUACUCAGAUGCAGAUUGGGGUGAUCCCACUCCGAUGCAUUGUGACAAUGUUAGUGCUUUUCAGAUUACUCGCAACUCCGUUUUUCAUGAGCGCACGAAACAUAUUGAGAUAGAUUGUCAUCUUACUCGUCACCACUAUUAG